CACCGCUGCCGCCGCCGCCGCAGCGGCUGCAGGGCAGAAAGGCGGGUCCUUCGCGGGCGGGGUUUCCUUUGCCUUCCCUUCCGGGGCUGUGAGAGGGACGAGAGGCCUGUUUCGAGCCGGGGUGGGGCGCGUCCGCCGUCAUUCACUCACUCACGCCAGUCUUUCUCGGUCCUGUGAGGGAGGAACAUGGACACGCUGGGCAGGAAAGUGGUCGUCUGCGACAACGGCACCGGGUUUGUGAAAUGUGGGUAUGCAGGAUCCAAUUUCCCAGAACACAUCUUCCCGGCUUUGGUUGGAAGACCCAUUAUUCGUUCAACUGCCAAAGUGGGAAACAUUGAAAUCAAGGAUCUUAUGGUUGGUGAUGAAGCAAGCGAACUGAGGUCAAUGUUGGAAGUUAACUACCCCAUGGAAAAUGGCAUUGUCCGGAACUGGGAUGAUAUGAAACAUCUUUGGGACUAUACCUUUGGACCUGAAAAACUUAACAUUGAUACAAAAAACUGUAAAAUUCUUCUUACAGAACCUCCCAUGAAUCCAACAAAGAACAGAGAAAAGAUUGUGGAGGUCAUGUUUGAAACAUACCAGUUUUCUGGGGUCUAUGUAGCCAUUCAGGCAGUUCUUACUCUUUAUGCACAAGGUUUACUGACUGGUGUUGUUGUGGAUUCUGGAGAUGGAGUGACUCACAUUUGCCCUGUCUAUGAAGGCUUCUCUCUUCCUCAUCUCACCAGGAGAUUAGACAUUGCUGGUAGAGAUAUUACCAGAUACCUCAUCAAGCUGCUUUUACUACGAGGCUAUGCCUUCAACCAUUCUGCUGAUUUUGAGACAGUCCGUAUGAUUAAAGAAAAGCUCUGCUAUGUGGGCUACAACAUUGAACAAGAGCAAAAACUGGCCUUGGAAACUACUGUGCUGGUUGAGUCCUAUACGCUCCCAGAUGGCAGAAUUAUUAAAGUUGGUGGGGAGCGGUUUGAGGCACCGGAAGCUCUGUUCCAGCCUCAUUUGAUCAAUGUAGAGGGGGUUGGAGUUGCUGAGUUGCUGUUCAACACCAUCCAGGCUGCUGAUAUUGACACCAGAUCUGAGUUCUAUAAGCACAUUGUGUUAUCUGGUGGUUCCACUAUGUAUCCUGGGCUGCCAUCACGACUGGAACGUGAACUUAAACAGCUUUACCUGGAACGGGUCCUGAAAGGUGACGUGGAAAAACUUUCAAAAUUUAAAAUUCGUAUUGAAGAUCCACCUCGUCGAAAGCACAUGGUGUUUCUAGGUGGAGCAGUUUUAGCAGACAUCAUGAAAGACAAAGAUAAUUUCUGGAUGACCAGACAAGAAUACCAAGAGAAAGGAGUUCGUGUACUUGAGAAGCUUGGUGUGACUGUGCGAUAAAUUCAGAAGCUUAUUCCUGUCACAGUUUUGAUGCUCUCAUUCCUUUAUUGCCAAUCUUUGAACUCGUUGAACUACAUGACAUGGAAAGGCCUGUCUCUGCCUUUUGACCCAAAGGCCAGGUUUUGUUCUGGUUUCUUUUAUUAGAUAUUUGAUAACGUGGCUGUAUUUGACUACUUAAUUGGACCAUUUCCCUACAGAUAAAAACAAGGACAACAGUGGCCUGUCUACUGCAUUGUUUCUUCCCAGUAGGCCAUUAGGUAAUUCCAGUACAUGUUCUCUUCUUAUUUUAUAGUUGUAAUGCUGUUGCCUUUUGUCUGUAGCUCAUCAGGGAUAGAAUUCCUUUGGUAGCUUGAGAGAACCUUUGGACAGCAGUUUUUUUUUAAAAAAAUACUAUCAUGUGAUUGUAGUGAUUAACAUCUUUCUGCCUUCAUCCUAUGCUGUUCACUGUCUUUAUAUCUUGCUUAGAAGCUCUGAAAUCAAAUCAAACUGCUAGUUUAUUAUUAUUUUUUAAUACUAUCCCAGAAUAUAUCCUAGAAUAUUUUGGGUUCCAUAGACUGAGGCUUCUGAAACUAAGUAAAAUGGAAAUUGGCUAUGAGUCCCUGAACCACUCAGCAUAGUUUGAGUGUAAAUUCCUGUAUUUCUUUAUUAAAAGAACAGCAGCUGCUUGCAUGUCUUAUUGCUCCACAUUAAUUAUCUGAACCUCCUUCUGUCACAAAUACAUCUCUCUAGUUUAACGAUUUGGCAAUAGACAUUCUUUUCUCCUGUGGAAUGCAUACAGUUAAUUUCUUUCAAUAUUUUUGCUUUUGCUUGGGUACUGUAUUUUCUUUAAUUACCAUUGGAUUUAACUCUUUUUUUAAUAGACAACAUUAGAAUGUCAUCUGGGACUGGAUUUCCUGGAUAUAAUCUAUUCAAGUUGUAUGUUCAAAAAUGUCUGAACUUUAAUUACUGGUACAACAUUACAAAAAAUUGAAUUAUAUUAAAUUUUGAACAUAUUGUAACUUGGUGCCAAGUAAUUACUGGAGUUUUUUAUAUAACUGUUAAAUGUUAUUUAAAAGAACACCCAAAUAUUUAUAUAUGGAACUGUCUGUUAGGUUGUGAAAAAUGACCUAUAUAAUUUGUAGCAGUUUUAAAAAAUUAAUCUUGGAAUGUAGGCCUCAUAGUUGACUGGUAAAUACACAAUUUACCUGUCUAAUUGUGACUUUGAGACAAAGAGAAAUAAAAGCAAGUAUAAGAAAUUGUGAGGGUUCGGGUUCAGGCUCCAAUUUUUCUUCAGAUAAAUUGACAGACUUCUUCAGUUUGGAAAUAGGAGUAACAUUUAUUGGAUUGUUUAACAAAUAACCUGUGUCAACAAAGGUAUUCCAAACAUUUUCUCCUUCUAACAACUGGUUAGAUGGGGGCCUCUAGUCUUCAGCCUUAAAGGAGUAUUCCAGGGGCCCGGCCAGUCCAGAACAAAGUCUGAGUUCAAUGACUGUCCUGCCUCCCCUUCCAGUAAGGAGACUGUCUUCAUCCCGGUCAUCGGUCCAGACUUGGUCUCGUGAGGGGGAAUCCUCUGACCAAAGUCUUCCAAGGGACCCCUCUGCUGUAUCUGCAUCAUCCACCAUUCUAAUCUUUUUCUCUCCUGCUCUUCCUUUUCCUCCUUCUUCCCUUAACUUUCUUCUCCACUCUUUUGUCUCUUGUUCUCCCCUAUAGGAUGAUUUAGGGGUACUCUCCCUCCUCUUUCUCGCAUCUGCCUCCUCCUUUGGGACUCUUAGUUUUUCCACCUUCCCCGUCCAUGGAUGUUCCAACCAGAUCCACUCUCAACCACGAGGCAGGUUCUCGUCUCCCCUUUUUAUAUCUACAAGCCCUGCCUCUACCUCUACCCGGGGCUGCUGUUCCAUUUCCAACAAAACAUUCCCGUUUUCACUAACAGUCAUUCAUUUCAACUUCUCUUCUACAAUCCCCGGGUCUGUUCCAGGUGGUCUUAUCUUCCUGGGAGGGGAAAUAGGUGGUGUUUGCACUUCUUUGUUUGCAGAGGGUGGGAGGGACGGCACUCCUGUGAGAGGAAUCUUGCUGUCACCGUCAGUAAUACUGUUCCAUUAAAGGCAAAUGUGCUGUUGAAAAUAUA